CGUCAUGCGCGCCAGCGGACGAAAAUCGAACAGCGGAGCAUACGGCCCUGACGAACUAGGGACCCGACGUCGAUCUUGAACGCACUCCACGCACGGUUUUACUCUGUGGCAUUUUUGUUGUUUUGUGCUUGACGUUCCUUGUGGUAUGUGGUUCUUCCCACGUUCUUCCCGUGAUGUUGUGUGGUUCUGUGGUGUGUGGUUCUUCCUAACCUAAAUCUGAAAAAAAUGUCAAGAACAAGAAAAUUGUAAAUUUUGAAAAUACGUUAUUUUGCAAGCUGUAACAAAAGGAUAAAAUUAUAUAUAUAUAUAUAUAUAUAUAUAUAUAUAUAUUCAACAAAAAAUCAAACGUAACUAUAUAUAUCAGGGAAUAUAAUUAUAAUUCCACCUAACCACUUUCACAAUGGCAGAUGAAGAGAAUGUGAAUGGUAGUUCAGAGGAGCAAUCAGAAAAGGGGCAACAGAAAAAGACUGCCAAAUACGACAGUGGUGCAGCAGAUCUGGAAAAGGUUACUGAUUAUGCAGAGGAGAAAGAAAUAUCUACUCAAGAUGUUGCUAACGCUAUAUCUGCUAUAGGAGACAGAAGAAACCAGGCAGCAUUGGAGAAACAGGAAAGAGAAAAGGAGUUACUGAAAGUGGUAAUCAAGCGUGAAGAUGUAGACCUGAUUGUGAAAGAAAUGGAAAUAUCAAGGAUGUUGGCAGAACGAACAUUGAGGGAGUAUCAUGGUAACAUAGUGAAUGCUUUGAUUGCUUUGACAAAUUAAUGAACUCAAAUAAAUCAUCUUCAUCUCUGUGGAAUUUAUUGUUUUUAUGUAUUCAUUUUGUACAGUAAUUUAAUAAAUAAUAUUGAAAAAUGAUUUUAAUUUUUUUUACUUCAACAAGUCACUAAGUGAAUGUAGAGGGUCAUGUACAGAAUAUCCCCAAUUGGUUGUUGUGGAACUUUCUGAGGUAAAAAAAGCAUUUCAACUAUAUAGGAGUUAUACAUGUGUGUGAAGUAGUUUUAUUUGUUUUAAAGAAUAAAUGAUUCUUUGAGAACAA